UGAUGAUGCCUCAGCCGAGAUUAAGCGGGACAGCCUGAAGGCGUUAAGAGUUAUGCAAAUAUUUUACAUGUUCUGGAAUGUGUUCGGUGUGUGGAUGUACAACCUGACUCCAGUAGUGCUGUAUCUGUACCACAUCGUCCGCGGCGACCCUUCACGGCUGGGCGACAUUUGGCACGUCUACUACCCGUUUGAUACGAGCAAGCGCUUGCCGCAUACUUUGGCAUUUUUCUUCGAAAUGUACGGUGGCAUAUCAUCAGUAAACGCCAUGCUAAGCGCCGACAUCCUAUUCAUAACCAUGGCAAGCCACAUCAGCAUGCUGCUCCGUCUCCUGCAAGUCAAGAUACGUCUUAUUGGCACUAUCGGCCAAGAUGAACACGUAGAUGAGAGAAAACGAUCUCAACACAGCUAUGAGAUGAUUGUGGAUGCUGUCAAAAUACAUCAGAGGCUAAUUAGCUAUGGCAAUGACUUGGAGAACGCGUUCACCGUGGUAAAUCUACUGAACGUGCUUCUGAGCUCGGUCAACAUUUGCUGCGUUGUUUUCAGCAUUGUGUUCCUGGAACCGGUGAUGGAUAUGUCCAACAAGCUGUUCAUAGGCGCAGCGCUAACUCAGAUGGGGGUGGUGUGCUGGUACGCAGACGAUAUUUAUAGAGCGAGCGCCGGCGUAGCAGACGCGGCUUACGAGAGCGGUUGGUACCGCUGUGACCCGCGAUGCCGCAGGGCGCUACUAGUCUUGCUGCAGAGAUCCUAACGACAUCAUAUUCCUACUUCACCUUGCUGUAUACAGCGUAUCGGAGGAAUUAGAAAAUGUAUUUCGAC